CAAGACUAGGUAGUCUUGAGUCAAGCAACAUAAAGAACAACUUAGCCUGCCUAGCUGGAACGAUCUAGUAGCACUAGAGCAAGCAUUAGAACAAGAUGUGAUUAGAUCUUGUGGACCGAUUUCGUGGUCUCGGGAUCGCGAGACAUGCGCGGUAAUGCGCCGAAAGGACAUGAGACGAACGAUAUGACCUUUAAAUAACUUAUCUCGCACCAAUCGCUUGAGCUUCGAUAUUCUAAGACAUCUUCAUAUCGAGUCCGAGGUAACUUGACAUUUACAUUUUUUCUUAUUCUUGUUUUCUUGUCUCUCCUCGGAACGCCUGCAUAUAUUUUUAUCUUCUUAUACUUUGCAUGCGUUUCCCGUCAGAUCUAUCAAAUCUGACAGAUCUGCACUCUUCAACCUAAUCUUGGUUAUAUAUACGUUACUCAAGUCGAUAUUAUUACCCCUAUUAUUACCUAUACCAAUAUCGAAAUUAAUACGUCUAAUAUCAUCAUCAUAAUUAUAAUAACUCAGCGAUGUCACAAGCACAGCAACAUCGCUCGGGUCCGCCUUAUGCGCCCACCACGGCGGCCGUUGGAGGUCUCCCUUCAGUUAUACCCGACGUCCCUAUCUCCGCUGUCUUCAUCGCCUUAUACAUGGUCUUCGCAGCAACUAAUAUGACGAUAUUCCAAAUCAACAAUCGAAGAGGUCACAAAUUCCUCCCUUCCGGCGCCCUAUUCGGCUUCUGUAUGGCCCGUAUAGCUACCCUCACCUUACGGAUAGCAUGGGCGAACCGGCAGACCAAUAUUCGUCUUGCUAUUGCAGCUAAUAUCCUUGUUAACGCCGGUAUUCUCAUUGCGUACGUCGUUAAUCUAAUCUUCGCCCAACGUAUUCUACGAGCAAAGCAACCAUCCCUUGGUUGGCACAUAGCGCUUCGUACCACGUUCAAACUACUCUACGUCGGGAUUGCCUGUGCUCUGAUCAUGGUUAUCACAGCUGUGGUGUUAUCCAUGUACAGCUUGGAUCCGUAUACGCUACGAGCCUGUCGAGCUGUUCAACUAACGUCUAGCACCUAUCUCCUCGUCUUCACAACUCUACCAGUCUUCUUGACGGCUGCCGCUUACCUAUUACCUCGAUCCCCUAUAGAAGAAACUUUUGGAUAUGGCAAAAUGAAGACCAAGGCCGCCAUUGUCCUUGCGACGGCCUGUCUAUGCAUAUUGACUUCAGGGUUUAAAAUUGGGACUGCAUUCGCGCCUCCGCGAGCACUUAAUAACCCUGCUUGGUAUCACGGCAAGGCUCCAUUCUACAUCUUCAACUUCACAGUGGAGAUCCUUAUUCUAUGCGUCUUGACCCUAAGCAGGGUCGAUAAACGAUUCUACAUUCCGGACGGGAGCAGUCAACCAGGCCACUACUCCUCUGACCGCAUCGGAUCGUCGUCAGGAAGCGUCGGGGAUAUUACUGCCGAAAAGGAACGCCGUCGUGAGGACAUAAUCUCAGAUGGUGUUUGAUUUACUUACAUUUUUGGGCUAUAUAAUUUUUACUUUGGGUGAGAUGAUUUAGAUGAAUAUGACGAUACCCUAUAGAACGACAAUGCUCCCCUAAUGGUGAUGAUUGGAUAUACCUAGUUUAGAGUGCGAUGGAUGUAUACUACCAAAGCCUUUCUCUACUUGUAGCAUCUCGUGGCA